AUGGCAGCGCAUGACGCGACGCUGAUGAAGGGCCAGAGGGGGUCAGGUGCGAGAGGAGAGUCGAGCAGGGUCGAGCAGGGACACACGGUGCAGCCUGGGCUUGCGAGCGAUCCGUCGCCUUUGUCGACUCUCGCAAGCACGUUGCGUCGCUGGGCUCCGUUCGACGUGCGCUCACCCUCGACUGGCGCGAUGAGUCCCUCGACAGCCACGGCGAAGAGCGCAGGAGGACCCGGCAGACCUGCGAGUCAGGUUGGGGACGGCUUGCUUGACUCGGGAGCGGACGACGCGCUCAUGAGGGACGAUGGGAGUGACUAUGAAGACGACUAUGCGCCGAGGGAGGGAAAGGACGCGCGUGUCGAGCUGAACGAGAGGAUCACGUGGGCUAGAUGGGACGAGAUGACGGUCGGCAACCAGACUCGCCGCGUCCUCAUCCUCCUGUACCGUGGGGGCGGUCUCGCCAUCUGGGACUGCUCGAAUCUCGACAGCUGGUCCGAGAUCCUCAACCUCGCCUCGAUCGACCUCCCACACCCCGACAAGGCCCGCAAGAAGACGUCUCCACAAUCUAUCGAGGUCGCGGCCGCCGCUGUCCUCCCAUCUCCCGCGAGUCGGCAGGUCGACCCCGACUCGCAACACCCUUUCAUCGCUCUCGUCACGCGCUCUAUCUCGGACUCGCAUUCGCACUCGCCCGCAUCUCACCUGUCUUUGUAUUCACUCCGCACUCACCGCAUCGUCUCGACCGUAUCUUUGCCCGGAAUCGCCCAUCGCAUCUCGACUUUUCGCCGUUUCGUCGUUGUAUCAACUACUUCGCCACUCGCACUGCACGUCUAUCGCCUGUCAUAUAUCCCCGGCUCGUCAUCAGCCUCACUCGAACCGGCUCCGUUCUCGCCCAUCCUCAACAUCGCCCCGCCGCCUCCUCCAAGCGCCUCAGACGGCCCCGUCUUCUCCCUCGGCUCAGGCGGCCGCCUCCUCGCCUACUCGACCUCCACCGCCAUCCCCUCCUCCAAACUCGACCGCUCUCCAGCCCGUCCAGGAACCAACAUCCUCGCGCACAAAGGCCUCUUCGAACCGGACCUUCCCAACCUCCUUGCAAGCCCGUCGGCGUCUUCAGCGAUGGGCGUCGCGGGGUUUGCGGUGCAUGAGGCGCCGGAUGUUGCGCGCAGGGUUGGCGAGGGUGUCAUGAGUGGCGUGAAUGCGCUUAGGGAGACGGGAAUGAGUUACUGGAAUCAGAGGAGGGCGAGCGUGGGAGGAGAGGCUGGUUCGAGUACGGGAGGCGCGCUGUCGAGGUCUGCGCCGCAGCAGAUCGGAACGAUGGGGAGGAAGAUGUCGUCGCCUACGGCUACGCGGCCGUCGUCCAGCUAUGGCGGGGUUGAGGACAGCUUCGCGGGUACCGUCGUUGUAGUCGACCUACUCUCGCCCGCCCCUCCCUCGGCGCCUCGCACUUCGUCGCGCCAGUCUCAAUCGACCGCCCCGCUUCCGCCGCUCAAGGUCGUCCACCACUUCCGCCCCUACGCCCAAUCCGUUGCGCACCUCUCCUUCUCGCCUUCGUCAACUUCGCUUCUCACCUCCUCCUCGACUGGACACCACUUCGACAUCUUUGAGCUCAAGCCUGCUGUGCCAGUCGGUACGAGCGCCACCUCGUCCCCGUCUACCUCAGCCUCCCCCAUCGCAUUGAGCGGACUCGGUAAAGUCUGGCAUCGCCACCGUCUUCAGCGCGGCUUCACGUCAGCCACGACGGUCGAGUCGGCGUGGUCCGUUGACGGCCGCUUCGUCGCCGUCUCGACUGGCAAGGGCACCGCGCACGUCUAUGCUGUUGAGCCGAACGGAGGCGUCCCGAACCUCGAGGACCACUUCCAGCCGCAGGUCGCCAACGCGCAGGAGCUGCCGGGCUUGAGUGUGCCGCUUAGCAGCGUAGCACGGAUCAGGCAUCCGUUGCUUGGGGCGCAGGCUAGCGACGAAGAUGCGAGGCAGACGCUUCGUCCUGGACCCGUCCUCCCCGUCAGCAUCGCCUUUCUCCCAAAGAGCACGUCGCUCGCUUCAUCACUUGCCCCUUCGCCCAUGAAGAAGCGUGACCUCGCCCCGCCUUCGCUGCAAGACCUCCUCAUCUUCCGCCCCUCGCUCGGCUCGUCGACCCUCUACCGCCUCACACCCGUUGAAACCGCUCCUCUCGCCUCCGCGAGCGAGAGCGUCGCCCGUGGCGACGUCGGCAAACUCGCCACGACGGCCGUGAGCGGCUUGACGCAGAUGAUGAAGACGCGCGGGGCGGGACUGCUGAAGGAUGGGCUGGGUGGGUUGACGAGGGCGCCCGAGGGGAAGGAGACGAAGAAGAGCUGGUCGGUGCAGAUGGAGGCUGUGGCGGAGUGGAAGUUGGCGAGGGAGGACGAGUGGCCGGAGGUGAGGGAGGAAGUCCUUGCUGCGGGAGAAAGUGGACGGUGCACAGGUCAUGGCCUCGCUCGCUACUCGGCGCAGGCAGAGAUCGAGACCUUCUCCCGCUCGCCGCUCGUCCUCCCUCGCUCCAUCUACCAGAGCCAGCAAUUCGACUUCUUCUCCCUCCCCGCCGACCACGAGGCCUACGCCAGGGCCGGCUGCUCUGCCCUGCCGCUUCGUCGCCUCGAGGUACGCUCGGAGGUCCAGAUCCGCCCAGUCGAGGGCGCCGUCUCGUCGGACGUCUCGCCUUCGCUUUCACCCACGCUCUCAGCUCGUCGCUACUCAACCUACUCCGCCUCGUCGUCUUUCGAGCCCGCCUCCUUCGACCAGCCGAUCAAGAACGCGAUGCAGACCUUCCUCGAGGCGGAAGCGAUGCUCGCGCCUGGUUCGCCCAAUCUCCCGACGCCGACGUUCCCGAACGGCGUGCCUGGCAAGCACGGCUCAUGGCGCGACUCGAUCCCCAUCCCUCGCAAAGUCGGACCGGCAGCCAUCGAAGGAAUUGGCAAGGUCCGUCAGGGACUUGGCCAGAUCCGCGUCCCGAAGGGUAUGAUGUCGCUGCCUGGUCGUCGUGCGAGCUCGGCGACCUCGAUUGGACAAGUUCCGAGUGCGGCGUACUCGAGCUCGAUCUCGUUCGAGGAUGACGACGCCGUCUUCGCCGACCACGCUGUCACCGCCAGCGCGAGUACCGCCUACACAAGCGACAUCGACAGCUGCGCCGGUGUCAUCAAAGGCGACGGAGAGGAUGCGCCGCCGGCGAGGGAAGAGGAGGAAUGGGGAUGGGACGAUCGACUCGACGAGCCGACCCAGACGAGCGGCACAACUACGAUGAAGCCGGCCUCGAACGCGCUCGACUUGGCAACCCCCUUCGAGGACGACUUUGACCACUUCGAACUCGAGCUUCCGGCUGCUUCACCGCUCUCGCUAGAGCCGUCGUCUCUCGCCGUCCCUUCCCCUCUCACGCUCGAGCCUGUCGAUGCGCCCGUCAAAGCCCACCUCGCACCUCCAGUCCAAGUAUACUCGACCUCGAUGGACGCCACGCCGUCAAGCACGUCGUCUUCUCCGGCCGGGCACGUCCGCCUCGACAUGCCGCGCACUGCAUCUCCUCCUCGACACCUACUCGAUCAGCCAGAUUCGGCUCUCUCGUCCGUCGCGAUUCCUCCGCACAAGCCCGCGAGUUUGGCUGCCCCGGUCAACAACGCCGGAAGCGCUUCGCCAGCGCUCAGCUCAGGGUCGUCGAGCGGGAGCGGCAAGAAGAAGAAGAGGCGGUAG